AUGAACUCAAACAUCUUUGAUAAGGAUUAAUUCAAUAAUAAUACAUGGGAUGAGGACUCAAAUCAGAUAUGUUGUGAAUCUCCAGUCCUUUUUGGUGUUCCAUACCAUAAAAAAAUAGAUGAUAAUGAACUUUCUAUAAUCCAUCUUCAGUAUCAUUCUGACACAGCAGAAGAAUAGUAUAGUUAAGAAGAUCAAUUCCUAAUCCCAAAUACUUAGAAGAAGAUAUAAAAAAUAUCCAGAAAAUAUAAAUCAAAAGGUAAAAAAAAAUCAAACACUUUCAAGAAUAUGAUUGAAGAAUUUGUUUCUUUUGUUCAUUUUUCAGGGGAAAAUACAAAUUAAUAAAUACAUUAUUGUUAAAAGAUGAGAAAAAUGAUUGACAAUCUAGAAGGCAUAUUAUUCUCUAUGAAAUAAGAAAUCUUAAGCUAAUAUUAAAAGAAGAAUUCAAUUAAUAAUUGA